GCUGUGAAACGUUCCCUCUGUAAGAGACAGUCCUUUCUGUUCCUGUAUCCUUCAUAAGGAUUUCCCUGCCCACCAUGAGCAGUACAUCCGGUAGUGGAAGAGUGGGAGCCGGUAGUCGAUCGUGCGGAGGAUCGAUGACCGGUAGCGGGAUUGGUGGUGGUGUGGGAUCGAAUUUUCGCGUGCCCAAAUGUGCCCGGUGUCGGAAUCAUGGUGUCAUUUCGGGAUUGCGUGGACACAAGAAGCUAUGCUCGUACCGGAACUGUCGCUGUGCCAAGUGUGAGCUGAUACUGUCCCGGCAAAAGAUAAUGGCUGCGCAGGUUGCUCUAAAACGGCAGCAGGCAGUAGAGGAUGCCAUAGCUCUACGGCUAGCUUCGACCGAAACUGGCACACAGCUAGAAGCGCUACCACCAGGCAAAAUUUACGGUAUGUCCGUCACGGAACCGUGUCCCUCGCCGUCACCCUCAUCCUCGACGGCAUCCGUUGACGUUAUCUCAUCAACCUCUUCGGACGGUCUCGGAGGAUUCGAAGCAACCGAAGAAGGAAGAUUGGGUAGACCAAAGGCACCAGGCAAUGUAACCGUGUCGCAAAAUGCUCUGGACAUGCUGGCCAAACUGUUUCCCCAUCGAAAACGAUCCGUACUGGAGCUUAUCCUGAAACGAUGCGAUUCUGACCUGCUGAAAGCGAUCGAACAGUGUAGCCAAACGCAAAACAUCAGCGCCUUUAAACCACCAACACCGACCGUAGCUACCAGUUCGGCGCCGAGUACCAGCGCACCGAUGACACAACCACCGAUCAGUCCGAGCGGCUAUUCCCCGUUCAUUGCGUACCCAAAGUGGUUGCUACCGAUGUCGAUUCCGGUGUCUUUCAGCCACAUUGCACCCAACUUGGCCCCGCGCUGCACACUCCCCAACUGCGUUAUGUGUGUCCAUCAUCCGAUGUAAAGCUUCUCGUUGUGUAUGCUAAUGGUUUAAUUAUGUGUAAGAUUUGCAUUUGAGCUUCAAAUAAAAAAUGCCAAACAAUUGUGAUUGAAUUAGAACGAGUCCUACUGAAGGUUAAAGAGCGAAGGAGACGAUCC